AUGGCAGACACAAUCAAAAUUGAUGUUGAAUUCACUGGCGGCCUGGAACUGCUGUUCUCAAACCAACGAAAUCACAAAGUCGCAUUGCCAGCACAAGAUCAAGAUGGCCGACCAGCAAACAUCGCCUACUUGAUCAAAUAUCUAUGCAAAAACCUCAUGACGGAUGAUAAGAAAGAGCUCUUUCUUCUGGAUGAAUCUGUUCGUCCGGGCAUUCUUGUUCUGAUUAAUGAUGCGGACUGGGAACUCGAGGGCGAGGACCAAUAUGAGCUUCAACCAAGAGACCAGAUUGUCUUUGUCUCUACUUUGCACGGCGGAUAG